AGCUAACCUAUCUUUGUGGUCAUCUUCGUAUGCAAGAAACAAUGUGAAGUGAUUCCAUAAUAUUCCAGCUUCCUCGGGGAAGGAAUCAAUAAUGUUUGUCGAAAAUGUUGAUAUUUAUGAGUUGAUAAAGCCUACAGCCUCGCCUCCUGAAGCUGGAACAGAUGCUGCAUUGAAUUUGACAUUGAUUUUAACUACGAAGAACUUGUGUAGCAAUGCCAAUGACGGACAAUGCAGUGCGUCACAGAUCUCCGUUUUCAUCUGCCGUCGCCAUUGGGAACUGCAAAAUCUCAUUCUCCGAGCAAAACCCUAUCUAGCGUCGCCGCCGGCGUGAAAUGGCCACAACCGCAAUAAUCCUCACGGUGUCUCAGGACGGUAGCGGCGAUUACCGGACGGUGCAGGAAGCCAUAGACGCGGUACCGCUCGGUAACACGCGUCGGACUGUGAUUCGUAUAUCGCCGGGGGUUUAUCAGCAGCCGCUUUACGUUCCGAAGACAAAAAAUCUCAUCACGUUUGCCGGAAUCAUGCCGGAGGUCACGGUGCUGACGUGGAACAACACCGCGACCACAAUCGAGCACCACCAGUCGGCGCGAGUGAUCGGGACAGGAACCUUCGGGUGCGGAACUGUCAUUGUUGAGGGGGAAGAUUUCCUCGCCGAGAACAUCACCUUUGAAAAUUCUGCUCCGCAGGGUUCAGGCCAGGCCGUGGCGCUUAGAGUGACCGCUGAUCGAUGUGCAUUCUACAACUGCAGAUUUCUUGGAUGGCAGGAUACAUUGUAUUUGCACUAUGGGAAGCAAUAUCUACGGGACUGCUACAUAGAAGGAAGUGUGGAUUUCAUUUUUGGCAACAGCACAGCUCUGUUGGAGCAUUGUCAUAUUCACUGCAAAUCGGGCGGAUUCAUAACUGCUCAAAGCAGAAAAUCUUCCCAAGAGACAACUGGAUACGUGUUCUUGAGAUGUGUAAUCUCUGGUAAUGGAGAUGCUCAAUAUACGUAUCUUGGACGCCCAUGGGGGCCUUUUGGGAGAGUGGUCUUUGCCUACACAUUCAUGGAUAAAUGCGUUCGACAAGUGGGUUGGCAUAACUGGGGAAAGCCUGAAAAUGAAAGAACCGCUUGCUUUUACGAGUUCAAGUGCUUUGGGCCGGGUAGUUGCUCAUCAAAACGCGAGACAUGGGCGAGAGAGCUGGUGGAUGAAGAAGCUCAAGAUUUCAUCACACACUGCUUUGUCGACCCGGAUCAACAACGGCCAUGGCUGGCUCAGAUGAUGGCGAUACGGGUACCCUACUCGGCUAUGUCGUAACUAUGCAUCAUACUCAUAUUCAUAUGUAUUACUGUUGGAUCAGUUGCAGUUAUGUCGAUUGUCAUGAAAUAAGGAACUGUUGGAAUAUGAUUAUUAGUUUUUCUUUUUUAUGUAUGUAUAUUGUGAACUACUUACGAAUUGAUCUCAUUCAUGUC